GUUCGAACGUCACCUUUUCAUUACAAUAGGAUUGACCGUAGAAAAUUGACGGAUCCAGAAAUUUGUCAAGGGAGAAGAUGUUCGGUUUCUACAAACAGAAGUUGAAGAAUUGUGUCGGAUCCAAUCUCGCAUAAGGUAGAGACGUCGAUAUCACAGAUAUCAGACACAUAUCAGACAAUUCUAACCGACUCUAACCGUUACCGGCGAUUUACCCAUCACGUACAAAGGCACAUAUAUACGACGCGCGCGCGCGCGCGAAGAUGGCCGGGAAUUGGUCAAAUUUAAAUCGGCGCGGUUUUCAAUUGGUUGAAAAUUUGCUAUGUGCCUGGAGUCCACAUAUAAAGGACUUUGUAAAUCAAGGAGGCCUCGCAGACGCUGGUAAUCUUUCAUAUAGUCAACGCUAUCAUCUUUCUACCACGUGUUGCAUUCCGGAACGAAGCAUGGCAGCAAUACUCAAUAAAAGCAUUUGGGAGAGCGAUCCCGAGCUUUUCGACUUGAUAAAGAAGGAGAAGAAACGGCAGGAAUCUGGGCUGGAACUGAUAGCGAGUGAAAACUUCACAUCUCUCAGUGUAUUGCAGUGUAUGAGUUCAUGUUUACAUAAUAAAUACAGCGAAGGAUUGCCUGGUCAAAGAUACUACGGUGGAAAUGAAUUCAUCGAUGAAAUCGAAUUGCUGGCGCAGAAACGUGCCUUAAAAGCCUUUAAUUUAGAUCCUGAGCAAUGGGGUUGCAACGUACAACCCUAUUCGGGAAGUCCAGCGAAUUUUGCAGUGUACACUGGCCUAUUGGAACCUCAUGAACGAAUAAUGGGCUUAGAUUUACCCGAUGGUGGUCAUCUUACUCACGGUUUCUUCACGGCAAACAAGAAAAUCUCCGCUACCUCCAUCUUCUUCGAAUCGAUGCCGUACAAAGUUGAUCCUGCGAGUGGCUUGAUCGACUACGAUGAACUGGCGAAACAUGCCAGAUUAUUUAAGCCGAAAGUCAUCAUCGCUGGAGUCUCUUGCUACAGUAGAUGUCUGAACUACAAACGUUUCCGUGAAAUUGCUGAUGAAAAUAACGCUUAUCUUUUUAGCGACAUGGCUCACGUCUCUGGAUUGGUCGCCACCAGAUUAAUACCCAGUCCUUUCGAAUUUAGUGAUGUUGUUUCGACAACUACACAUAAAACUUUACGAGGGCCGCGCGCUGGCGUUAUUUUCUUCCGAAAAGGCGUUCGAAGUUUCACGAAGGACGGCAAGAAGAUUAUGUAUGAUAUAGAGAGUAAAAUAAAUCAAGCAGUUUUUCCGGGUCUUCAAGGUGGUCCCCAUAAUCAUGCUAUCGCUGGUAUAGCUACAGCUAUGAAACAAGUGAAAACACCGGAAUUCUUCGAAUAUCAGAAGCAAAUAGUGCUUAACGCGAAGAGAUUGUGCGCCGGUUUGCAAGAGCGUGGUUAUAAAAUCAGUACCAAUGGCACGGAUGUCCAUAUGCUGUUGAUAGAUCUACGAUCCUCGGGGAUAACUGGCUCGAAAGCAGAAAAGAUUUUGGAAGACAUUUCUAUCGCCUGUAAUAAAAAUACUGUUCCCGGUGACAAAAGUGCAUUGAAUCCUAGUGGUAUCCGUUUAGGAACGCCUGCAAUCACCACUCGCGGCUUAAUCGAGAAGGACAUCGACAAAGUUGUCGACUUUAUAGACAGAGGAUUGAAACUUUCUAAGGAAGUAACUGCUAUCUCCGGACCGAAACUAGUUGAUUUCAAGAAAAUAUUAAGUACCGAUGAAAAUAUUAAAACAAAGAUUGCAGCUCUAAAAGAGGAAGUGGAAAUUUUCUCAAGGCAAUUUUCGAUCCCUGGUCAUGAAACUUAUUAAGCAUUGUGAAACAUACAAGUUCAACAGUUCAGUCAGAAAUCAGAGAAUGAAAAUAAUGUUACUUCAGUCAAUUUUAAUCUCUUUAGAUCGAUACAUUUUUAGAGAAUAUAUAAUAUUUACGAAUAUAAUAUUUCAUAUAAAUGUAUAUAGAUAUAUGAUUUUUUAAUUUUCGUAUAGAAACUAUGUAUGAAAACAAAUUAUGUAUUUUAUGAUUCAAUAAUUUUUUCAAAAAUAUCAAUACUAUAAUUACUAUGAUCCCAAAAUACAGAAUUGGUAUUAAAAUAAAAA